AUGGAACUACUGUGUGUGCUCUCGAACGUCUACAACUUGAUUGCCGCAGAAUGCCGCACUUGGGAUAUACUAUUUGUUCUCAGUCAGAAUUCUGGACGUUUUCUUGACGCGUCCUAUGCAUUAGUUUGUCGAUUGUUGACGGAGCUGCUCGAUGAAGAACAAAAUACAUCUUCCUGCGAACGUCUGACGACUAAAUGUGAAAUCCUCAAUAAAAAGUUGAAAUCCCAUCACUCACUGCUGGAUGCGACUGAUGAAGCUGUACUAACUGGACAAUUACCCACUCCGCACGCCCACUUACAAGCUGUUAUUAUCAGCCUGGGAAAGGCUUAUUUGGAAAAUUACAUGAAUUGGUGCAAAUUUGUGGCUACUGUGGAGCUCAUCCCACUUCGUUUCUCGGACUUUUUCGCUGGCAAAUCUUGGGCGGCCGUGUGUGCUCGUGGUUAUUACUACUGGCUGCAUCUACAUGCACGGUGCCUGUUUGGUAGCGUUGAAGUAGAUGUAGCUGAACCUUCUGACAACAUCGAUCUCGGGGCUGCCUUUGUCAAGCCGCCUUCCUCCGUGCUUCAUGCGGCGGUGAUUGUACGUAUGCAUGGACGAACUCUAGUGCAGUUCAUGCGCCAGUGUUGUGACCAAAAGUUGGCCAAACGUCGUGCCCAAUUGGGUGAGGCAAACAAGGAAAAUGUCUGCUCUACAACUUCAUCUGACUCGAACCACAAGCUGGAAACUUCGAAAACUGUUCCAUGGGGUAGUUGUCAACUUACAGAUAAUGAGUUGCUCAACCUCUGGAUGGGUACUCGUCUCCUGAUCCGAGGCUGUCACCAGGUGGCUGAAAUGUAUACUUUGAUGGGUAAUGUGCGCGAGGCGCGUGCUUAUCAAGAUGAAUUAUUACGCAUCGGACAGCGAUUCCAUAUUUCACGGACUGCACAGACUGCGCUUUCUCUGAUGGCACACGUCGAACUGUUCGCCCAACGUAAAUGGGCAUUCGAGUUGCGUUUGCGGCAGCUCAACCAUCUUUUUACCUGUCAAAUUCCAUUGGAGGAAAUCGCACGGGAACAGGAUCGCCGCCGCAAAAGUUCCUCAUGUGGAAAAGACCACAGUCCUGACCAAGGUGAUAAUGAUGGAGUGGAUGAAGGGGAUUUCCUUCAUACCAGCCAGUUAGUAACCCGUUUCACCCGAUCGGAAACAAACUCAGACUCGCGGGACGAUAUAGCUGCAGCGGAUGCACUUUCCGUCGCUGCUAAUCCACUGGUGGCCGCGAAUUCAAACGCGUUUGCCAACAUUUUCCCAUGUAGCCCAACACGUAUGAGCGGCAUUGUUCAGAGUUAUUUUCCCUCCACACCUCAGUUAGCCUCGUUGAUCAGUGGCCGUCCACUAAAUGAGAUUGAGUCAGAUGAUACCGAAGCACUACUUAAGGCACUUGAAGGUCUAACCACCAGUCCGGAAACGUGCAACCGAACAGGACCGAAUGCUAUACGUAUUUUACGCGAGGCCCAACCGCCAUCGGAUCCCACAACAAUCAUGAUGCCCGACAGGGACACUGCAGUCGCGCUGCACACGGGUCAAACGAUGCCACCGCCUUUGGCGCCGCCAAAUGCACCUCUUAGAUUGACUGAACGCCGAAGAGCGACAACUGCGAAGAAUACCAGAUCCGUGCGAGCUUCGAGGAGAGAGAAAGUAGUGGAUGGUGCACAUUGA